AUGGUUACUAAUAAAAAUCAAAAUAUUGUUAAUGGUAAUGAGAAAACAAAAAAAGUACAAUUUGCAAAUGAAAUAUUAAAUAUUAAAAAUUUUAAAAUUGGUGUCAUUAUUGGAGAAGGACUAUUUGGAAAAGUAUACAUUGCGAAGGAAAAAACAAGUCAAUACAUUAUUGCACAUUUCCAUGAUGAAAAUCAUGUAUUCUUGAUUCUUGAAUAUGCCGCUGAUGGAGAACUUCAUAGUUAUCUUAAAAAAUGUACCAGACUUACUGAAAUGCAUGCAUCAAGGUAUAUUGCACAGAUAGCCAAUGCUUUGACCUACCUUAAUCAUAAAAAUAUAAUUCAUCAAGAUAUUAAACCUGAAAAUCUUUCAUUGGACCAUAAUAACAAAAUAAAAAUAAAUGGUUUUGGUGGCUUUAAAAAAAGCCGUAAAACAUUUUGUGGUAAGUUAGAUUACCUUCCACCAGAAGGUAGGGUUUCUAAUAAUAAGGUUGACAUAUGGUCACUUGGCGUGCUAUGCCAUGAACUAUUGAUUGAUAAUACAAAUGAUAAAAAUAACAGUAACAAUAAUGGUGGUAGUGGUGGAGCCAAGAAACCUGAUGAACAUAUUAAUCUUAAAGUUGUUGGAAAUAGAAACAAAGAUCCAAAGAAAUUAAUAUAUCAAGACAGAUAUAUUCCAGUUAGAAAUAACAAUAUGAUUUCAGAAUUUCAAAAACAAAAGGUCUCCUUGAUUAACAAAAAAUUUCAAUUAAAACGUAAAAGAAUAGUAAUCGAUUCCGAUGAAGAAGAUUUGUUAACUGUCAAAAAGAAAGCAUACAGACAUAUUGAUUCUAAACCAUAUCAAGCAUGGAAUUUUCAUAAUAGUGUUCCUAUUAAAGACGAUUUUUACUUGAAUGUUCUUGACUGGUCUACUUUUGACGUGCUAGGAUUUGGUUUAGAUUCGAUGGUUCAUCUUUGGAAUUGUGGCGCAAAACGGUUGAUGCAAUUACAAACAUUAAACAUAGAGUCUACAGUUACGUCUGUCAAAUGGUCAAAGAUGAAUAUGAACCUUGCAGUGGGUACAUUAAAUGGAAGGGUACAAAUUUGGGAUUUAAAAACACUCACGAAAAUUCAUGACAUGAAUGGACAUAUGAAACGAGUUGGCACUCUUUCAUGGAAUAAUAAUAUAAUUACGUCAGGAAGUGGGGAUAAAUUUAUUAUGCAUAAAGACAUAAGAUGUCAACAAGAUUAUGUUCAAAUAUUUCCAGGGCAUGCCUCUGAAAUUUGUGGAUUAGAAUGGAAUAUUGAAGGAAACCAAUUAGCAAGUGGUAGCAAUCUUAAUGAACUCUUUAUUUGGGAGAAUAGAAAACAUAACCCAAUUUACAGUCUUCGUGGUCACACUGCUGCAAUUCGAGCUUUAUCAUGGAGCCCACAUGAAAGUAAUUUAUUGGUUAGUGGUGGUGGUCACUUUGAUAGAAAGAUUUGUAUUUGGAAUACUUUAAAUGGAAAAUGCUUAGGGAGACUUUCUACACAUGGCUGGUGGAAAAAUGAUAUCUAUAUUUGGAAGUACCCAUCAAUGAAAAAAAUAGAAACUUUAAAAGGUCAUACUUAUCGGGUUCUAUAUAUGAGUCACUCACCAAAUGGAGAAGAUAUUGUGACAGGGGCAGGUGGUGAUGAUAAUACCUUGAGAUUCUGGAAGGUUUUUAAUUCACCAUUAGUCAGGCAAAAAGGAAACUUGGAGUCCUCACUCAAAUUGGAUGGAUUGAUUCGUUAA